GCCGUUGUCGCUGUUCUUUCGUUCAUCUUUCCUGCACCGUCAUCAUGUCUGCCCUGAACGAUGAAACUAUUCGUCGAGUGUUUGUAGAUUUACAAGCAAAGUACAUCUCGUCCAUGCAGCAAGCUAAUUCCACCAAACAACAAAUUCAGAUCAAAGAGCGUGAACGCAAGGUGGCUGAACUGACCCGAAGAGAAUUGGAAGCUCUUGAAGAGGGUACAAAGACCUAUAAGCCCGUUGGCAAGAUGUUCAUACAAACACCAUUACCAGAGAUGAAAGAAUCAUUUGUGAAGCGCGUCGGUACAGCAGAUGAUGAAAUCAAGGCUUUGGAAAAGACUCAAAAGUAUUGGGAGCGAAGCGCCAAUGAUGCUCAGGGUAAUCUCAGAGACAUCCUCGGUGGCCCAAGAACCAUGUAAUAUAGUAUCCCGGAUAGGUUCAUUUCGUUAUUUCUUUUAUACAUAAAGAACGCUAUUCAGACCAAGCGUCUCACACGCAAUCGCUGUAAAGACUAUACACGUGUCAUCCUAAGCUUUUGCAUCAACAUGAAUCUACUCUAGACAUUCAUAGCAGCGAAACAAGGGAAGCAGCAGCAGUAAUAAAAGCGAAAUGAUCACAAUGAAACACAAAUUUUACUUUCUCAUUUAUUUGAUUUUAUCUUUCUUGGUGGUGGGUUUAUAAUGAAAUUGGGUCCAUUUUUUUGUAAUAUACCUACACUUUCUUAGUAGUUUUCCUUUGCUUCCUUAGGCAACAUUUCACCCUUCUUCUUAAUGACGCCGAGAUGGAUGAUGCGGUCACCCGCCAUGGCGACUGGGUUGGAGCUUCUACCGAUCGUCUACGAUAAUCACAAAUUGGAGUAAGCAUUGGGUAGAGUUGGUUUCAUUAUCAAUCAUCCUUC